AAAUAAUGCAAUCAGAAAGACCUUACUUUAUAGGAAUUGCAGGAGGGACAGCUUCAGGGAAGACAACACUAUGCAAGGAAAUCAUCAAGCAACUUGGAGUGGUGGGAGAUUUCACCAUGAUCACUAUGGACAACUUCUACAAAGAUCUAACUCCUGAGCAGAUGGAAGAUAUAGCAAAUUACAAUUUUGAUUCUCCAGAUAGUCUAGAUUUUGACGAAAUGCAUGAAGCAGUGCUUAAAUUACUUGAUUACGAAGAUGUUGAAAUUCCUGACUAUGAUUUCUCAAUCAAUGCCAGAGUGAAGCCAGGAGUCAUACUCAAAGCAUCCCAUUUCAUCCUCUUUGAAGGAAUUUUGGCGCUUCAUGAUGAAAGAUUGAGGGAGCUCAUGGACUUAAAAAUAUACGUAACUGAGAGCUCAGACACUCGCCUUGCAAGAAGGAUCAGAAGGGACACAACGGAAAGAGGAAGAACACUUGAGAAUGUGCUCUUCCAAUGGCACAAGACAGUGAAGCCCUCGUAUGAUGAAUACGUUCAUAAAACAAUGAAAACAGCUGAUAUUAUAGUCAAUGGAAAUGAUAGUAACCACAAAGCAAUCUCUUUUAUUGUGAAUAACCUCAAGAUGAUUUUGAGGCAAUAUUUAGAGUCUCCUAACCACGAAAUCCUUAAGGCUAAAGCAGAUUCCCAAAAAGAGAUCAAAUCCGAAAAGGAGAGUCCUGAAGAAACAAAAUAAUUUCUAUAAGCAGUCAUGAACUUCCGGUCCUAUUUC